UGAUUAACCAACUGUUGCAUUUUGAUACCUGAGCUCCUCAUGUGCUCCUAGUGCUGCACUCUGGACCUAUCAAAACACACAUGGUAGAAGACAUCAAACAUGAAAGUCAUUGUGAGGAUAAAUUGAUCGUCAGUAGUUGAUGCCGUCCGAGAUGAGUGAGGCAAGUCUUCCUCCGAUCAUCCAGGCGGGAGAUGGGAGGACUCUGUCCAGAGCAGAGUUUUUGUCGUUGAUAAGCACCUACAACUGCUUCCUCAAGGAUCAGAUUCAACUUCAUCUCAGUUACUCCCAGAGUAAUGACGACGAAGUGAUCGUAGAAGGAUUCCUAAAUAUCUGCUGGGGAAUCCGAAGACCUAUUCGGCUAAAAAUCCAGGAUGAGAAACAAAUGACACCUUUUGCUUCCCUGACCUCAUGUGACCCGAUCAGCCCAGUCAGCCCACUUGAAAACAGAAGGGGCAUGUCAAGAUGGGGGGAGUAUGUCGACCUCCAUCAAAUAGAUGAGAUUGUUGGCACAGCACAUGAAACAGAAAUUAAAAAUCCUCCACCAGCGCCUGUUUACGAGACCACAACGCUGCGUCCUUCGAGGCAGAAGAGCAACGAGCUGGAGUCUAAUUUGUUCCGAUGUAUGAGCGAUGCAUCGUUAGUCAAGAGGAGGAAUCGUCGAGGCAAGUCGGCGGCGCAAAGAGAGAGAGAGCGACAGCACCGCUUCUCGAUCAAUGGACACUUCUACAACUACAAGACAUCCAUCUUCACGCCUUCCUUCGGCACAGCCACCAAAGUCCGCAUUACUAGUAGUAUGAUCACAAACCAAGUCAUUGGACAGCUACUAAACAAAUUCAAGAUUGAGAAUGGCCCGCAGGAGUUUGCACUAUACUGCGUUCACCAGAGUGGCGAAAAGAGGAAGAUGACCAAUAGAGAUCAACCGCUGUGGGAACGCAUCCUACAGGGCCCCUCUGAUGACACCAUGAAGAUAUUUUUGAUGGACAUGGAUGAGGAGGAAGUCAGCAAUGAUGUGGCUCAGUAUUUGAACUUGGAGCUUCCCAUCUUGGAGCAGGUUCUACUGAAUUUGCGAGAAGAGGAGAACAAGGAGAUACAAAUGGUUAUUAGCAAGUAUAAAAAUCAUCACCGAGUCCUGUCCCGAAUGCUGAGCAAUAAGAUUUCACCUCACAUUGAGACCAGCGUCUGACACUGAAAAGUGCAUAGUAGGAAAAAAAUAACACGUUUUUUACUUUUUCACUGCAUUAGAAAUUUUGCUAAAAACUAAUAACAGCACUCUCAGUAUGAGCUUAAGUUCAAAAAUAUUUCUUUAAAUGUUUCCAAGAGGCUUGCGGUUAUAAAAAAAAGUGUUGUGUGUAAAAAAAGUGAUUUUUGUACAUUUUUGCAUUUCUAACAUAAUAAAAUGAUUCCGACAUACAACAA